AGUGCAAAACGUCGUCGUGGUCGUCGCAAACGUAAAACGCAGAGUGGCCGAGUACAACGUUAAGCGAAAAGUUAAAAAUCAAUAUGAGUGCAACAUUUUCAUAGAAAAGCCAUUAUUUUCUCAAAUAUUAUGGCAAUAGAAAUUUCUAUCUAAUGAUAAGAGAAUUUAGAGUAAUCUAAAAAAGCUAAUAGAAGGCGAAAGUUAAAGAAUUUAAGGGAGAAACGAUUACGGAAAAUUUCAAAUUGGUGCCACCAAUAUCAGCUGAAAAUUCUGCGGGCAGAGUGGUAGCAGGGGAAGGAGAUAAAAGUGUGAAAAUAUUUUUCAGGUGCGUUUGAGAAAAAACGGUAAAGGCUUCCGUGAAACGGAAAACGGCCUACACGGUUAACGGUGAUAAUUUUUACAUGCAACCACGCGAACGACGGCUUGUGGAAAUAUGCGACAGCAGCGGAGAUAGUGCGUGUGUUAUUUGGUGAUGGAGUAAAUAAAAAGUAUUGCCACAAAACGAAGAGUGAGACGACUAAAAAUAUUUGCGUUGGCAAAUAAAUAACUGUAAAAAUAUAUAUAAAUAUAUGAAUUAAUGUACCACUUCGAUUUUCACUUUCGAAAAUGGCAAGCAAGCGAGCUAAAGCGAGCGUUCGAUUUUCCCUACUUACGAACUGAGCAAUAAUCACUUCGGUUUGGGUGGCGCAAGCCCCCGCUCUGCGCGUGAAAAAGAAGGUGUAAUAAAAAAAAAUAUUUAACAAUAAAAAAACAACAACACGCACAAGUCAACCACCGUCCAACCGUUAUACGCUACAUUAUAGUUUCCGCUAAGCAACUCUCCGUUGUCCAAACGUUUUGCGUGUGCUGACAUUUUGCCUCGAUCCCCGGUUGCCGUCACAGCCGCAGGACGUUUUGUUAUUGUCGCGUUAUGCCGUGCAGUUAAUAUUUGACCUACUCCCCGCGCGCAGCACUCCUCUCUUUCGCUCUCUCUUUAUACAAUAUAUCGGCGACUAGUGGACUACUCAUGCAACUCUCUUGCUAUACUUUUAAUCGACAAGUCAUUGUAAUUAUAGUAAUUUUCUUUUGCUAGCAUUGUUGUUGUGCUAUUGUUGUAGUUGUUAAUAUUUUUUUCUCGGCUGUGUAGAACGUGUGCUAGUACGUACGUUAGAAAUCAACUUUUCCAUACUCUUUAACAGAGUUAGCGCGUUUCGGAUUGGUUUUGGUCUUGGUGCUUUGUUUUUAGGCGGUGGCGGUGGUGUUAAUGUUAAGAACCGAAAAUCGAAAGCUAUGGCCUCUUCGCUGUUGGCCCUCAGUGAUUUAAUACGAUUCCAAUUGGAGCGCAUCAAACUCGAUGAAUUCACCUAUAAAGAUGAGUUGCAUUUGCUGCGCCAACUCUUGGCGCUCGAUAUGCCACAACCGAUGCACGCACUGCACUCUAAUGGUAGCAGUCAGGAGCAUAGUCAGCCGCCACAAGCGGGCGCUUCUACAUCCGCUUGCACACCAACAACUAUGGCGGCAACGUCUCAUGGCGCGCAGCAAGGACAAACGCAGUCGCAGCCGCAAUUACAAACUCACACGCAGACGCAAACACCUUUACGCUUGCAGGCGCCACAACAUCACCAACAUCAUUCCUCGACCCAACAGCAGCAGCAGCAGCAGCAGCACUCGUCGCAACAAUUUUUGCAAGCUUUGGCGCCUCUACCGCCGCCACCUGCAUCCAAUUCACCGGCGCCGCAAUACAAACCGAAGUCAUUGCCACAAAACCACUAUCCACCGCCGCCGACACAAAGUCAGAGUCAAUGUCAACUUAGCAGUGCGGCGUAUGGUCAACAGCAACAGCAGCAGUACAUACAACACCAACACCUACAACAAUAUGCGAGUCAUCACAACAGCCAUGGACACAGUCAGAGCCAACAAAAUCUCUAUCCACCCAGCAGUAGCAGUCAUCAAAGUCCGGUGCAAAAUCAACUCAGCUAUACGCAGAGCCAGAAGCAACGUCAAAAACAGCGACGCUUUCAACAGCAAAAUUCAAAACGCUCACAACAACCACAGGCGGGACAAAACCGCAACAAAUUACAAGGUGGUCAGCCGCCAACGACAGAUAGCGAUGGCGCGGCAACUGCUGAUGAGUCGAACAAUGCCGCCGGCGGCGCCAACAAUCAUCAGCAGUCCUCACCAUCACCAGGUGGUGGUGGUGGUGUUGGUGAUGGUGCAGGCGGAGGCGUCCGCUAUGGCGGUGGCGCCUGCAAUGGCGGUAUGGGCGUGCUCGGAAGUAGUGCCGAAAUGGCAGAUGAAGAGCUAGUGGGCGCAAUUGGUGGCGGUGGCGGCGGUGUGAUGUCAAAUGGUGGCAUUGGCGCCAGUGGCGGUAGUGAAGAUGGCUCCAGUGCCAGCAGCAAUGCUGACCUACAAAAGGAUUUCAAAGUCCAAGUACUCGAGUGGUUUCAACAGUUGUACGUCCAAACGGAUUCAUUCAGAUCGGACGAGGAGUCACAACGUGUCCGCGAGGCAGGCAAUAAUUGUUAUCGCAAGGAACAUCAUCCACUCAAAGCAUGCGAUCUAUAUACGGAGGCCAUAUUUUUAGCACCUGUCGAGGAGGAUGCAGACAAUACGACAGCGGCAAUGGCACAUGCGAAUCGUUCGACUGUGUUGCAUGACUAUGGCAUGUAUGAGGAAGCCUACGACGAUUGCCUGUGCGCUCUGGAGCUGGGCUAUCCCGAAGAGUAUAACGCGUUAAUCAAACUACGCCAAGCCGCUUGUGCCUUAAAGUUGCGUAACUUUGCGCUUUGCGAACUGCAUGUACACGAGCUGCUGCACAUGGAUCUCUCUGAGGCGUUUGAGGCGCGCACACACGAACUGUGGCACGAAUGCGAAGUGUUGAAAUCGGAAAAGAUCGACAUGGGCGUACAAACAGACGAUGAUUAUUAUAUGGGUGCAGCAUCAGCGGCAGUGACAGCGACGAUAGCGCCCCAACACAUAUUACAUGGGAGUUAUAGUAAUCGACUGAAGGUCUAUGAAGUCGCCUGGUCCGAUACGUCGAAUGCGAUUACAACGACACGUCGCGCGUACUUACGCGCCACCACAGACAUCGUCCGACAUAUGCCGAUCUUCAGCGAGGACGCCGCAGUAUUUGUUUCCAGCGGUCAAGCGCGCAUUUGCGACAACUGCGCCAUCACUCAGUUCAUACCGUUUCCAUGCGACUACUGUUCCAAUCGCACAUCCGUUUAUUGUUCGCGUAAAUGUCGUGCUCAACACUCAUCCAUACACGUACUCGAGUGCUUCGCCCACCAGAUUGAGCUGUUCGAAGAGUUCGGUGAUGCGUUUGCCAAACCACGUCUACUACAGCUCGCCUUUCGUAUGCUUAUCACCGGUUUGCCGCAAGUAAUGCCACAUUGUCGCAAACGGCCGACGGUGAAUAAGAUGUGGAAUGCCUUUAAUGGCAUACUUACCGAACGUACGGAUAUACCCUAUUCAGCGCUAUUGCGCCUCGAAACACACCUCGAUAAAAUCGAUACUGAGACGACUGUUUCACUUGCCAUUGCUGCGCACAUACUCGCCAUCUAUUUGGCAGAAUGUACGGACUUUUUCGAACAUCUAGAUCUCAUGAUGCCCGCCACAACGAAAUUGGCACGCAGCGAAUGGAUAUUACUCUCUGCCGCGUUACUCUUACGUCACAUCGGUCAACUGAGGCACAAGAAUCUCAUACACUGCCCGUCCUUUGUGCUGCCAGCGGAUCCGCAUAUACUCUCACCCCUGCACGAGUACAGUUUGUGGUCGGGCGUGAAACAUGUGCGGCAAGGUCAACUACAUUUAUUGGCCGGCGAUGUGGCGUGCGUUGCUUAUGCUGUCUACCCACAAACAUUAAGCCUGUGCCGGCAAUCUUGCACAGGUCAAAUCUAUCGUAAACAUUCGGGUCGUCAGGUGACCGCCUAUGCCACUUGUGACGUUUUGCUGGGUGCAUGUAUUACCAAUUGCUUCGUCUACGCUGGUGAUUAUCGACAAUCGUUGCACGAGACACGGAGGCAAGACCUAAAGGCGCGAGGGAUCGACUGCAAGUGCGACAAGUGCUUUCGUCCAUAUCCGGAUGAGGAUUUUCAUAAAUUUCAUCGCUAUCGCUGUGAUAAUCCAAAGUGUAUGCAAAUAUUCACACCAAACGCCAGCGAUUUGAAAUAUACACGCAAUCUACGCUGGUGGCGCAGUCCAUAUUAUAAGCACCCAAACAACGAGGGCACCGAUCUAUUGGUGUGUAACGUUUGCGGCGAAACCCAAAAAUUGGAAUGGUUUUGGACAUUCAAUGCUGCACUUAAUGACUGUGAUUCGGUGGAGGUGCGUUGUAAGUUGUAUGCGGCCGUUGAGCGGGCCGAAACGCAACUCGUUGAAAUGAACGAGUGUAAAGUCGCUUUGGCGCGUCAAUUAUGCGAGCAAUGUUUAUUGAUGCAUCGAGAGGCUCAAAAACCACUGGAUGAUUGGGAAUUCAAUAAACUUGGCUCCAUUAUGCGUAAUGCUCUAAAUAUUGUUGCUGCACAAUAUAGUGUCUUUAGCAUAGAAUAUAUACAACACAUGUCCUAUUUUUGGGAUAUCAUGGCACUUAGCAAUUACAAAUGCAGCGAUAAGGAACUGAUGCAAAUGUUACAAGCCCUCGAAUACAUACCAGACGAAUACAAAGAAAUUUUUAUUAACUACUAUGAUGACUUCAUAACACCGAAAUUCGCUGAGGAAACUUAUACCAGUCUGAUGGAUACGCAAGUCUAAAAUACAA